AUGCAGGUCUCGGACGACUGGGAGACUGCCGAGCAGCGGGGCGCCCCCGUCGUGGACGGCGUGCUGCAGCUGGGCUACCGCGGCAACAGCUACCUGGAGUCUGGCCAGGCGCAGCGCAGCGUGAGCUCCUCCCUCGACAACCGCGCCUACCGGUGCUCGGAGCUCUGGUCCCCCGAGUGCGACGCGACGUGGAACCGCUGGCAGUCGCCCAUACUGGCCGGCGGCGGCAUCGGCGGCUACGGCGGCUUCGGCCCGUACGGCGGCAUGUGGGGCGGCGGUUGGGGCGGCCGUUACUUUGGCCGCCGCAGGUGGGUCUAG